GUUAACUAACUGUGGAGCCAUCAGCUCAACCAUCUGCAACUUUUUAUGCCAUAAAUACUACACUGUGCAAGGCCUUUAACUCACAACUGCCUGUGUAGUGAAUAUCAAAGCCAAGAACAGACUAAGACUGCAGGAGAGAAUGGGGAAAGACUGCCAUCCAUUACUAAAAGGCGGAAGGAGAGAAAGCAAGUACACUCACGGGCUCACUCCAUCGGAUAUGGAGACUUUGGCUAGCCUCUGCGAGGUUUUUCUACCCCCUAUACAACAAAACUCAGCACAUGAUAUUGAGAACGCAGAGCCCUCUGUCGAACAUAUUCAGUCAUUCCUCAAAGCUUCUGGCUCAGAAAAUCUUGUUCCGGAUGAGGUUGCUGAAAUUCUAAUGAAGAGAGGAUUUUUCGAAGGAGUGUUAGUUGUUAGGCUGGUUCUAAGAAUUCUUUGUAGCAGGCUGGGGACUUUCUUACUAUGUGGAUCUUUGUGUCUUGGUAAUAAGUGGCCAUACUGUAAUAAGUUCUCUCGUAUUCCUCUGGAAAAGAGAGAGCAAGUUGUGCAGAAAUGGUUCAGGCAUAGCUUUCUGACGCCUAUUCGACUCGGCUUCAUAUUCAUCAAAUUCUUGUGUACCUUGGUUUUCUUCUCACAGGCUAAUGAAUAUUCAGAAAAUCCAGCAUGGAAAGCCAUCGGGUACAAUGUGAAUAAUCUCGAUCAGAAGUUGUCAGAAAAAGAGGAACGACCUCUUGCUAAAGGAAUGGUUGAAACCAUCUACGAGACUGACUCCAGCUUUGUUCGUUCGCUCACCCAAAAAGGCCUCACUGUCACCAAAGAUCCUAAACUAGUAAAUACAUACAAGUUUGCAUGUGAUGUAGUAAUUGUAGGGUCUGGUUGUGGUGGAGGUGUGGCAGCUUCCGUGCUGGCAAGAUCAGGCUAUAAGGUUGUGGUUCUUGAGAAAGGCAACUACUUCACCAAGAAUGACUAUUCUUCCCUGGAAGGACCUUCCAUGAACCAGCUCUAUGAAAAUGGAGGUAUUCUUUCAACUAUAGAUGGGAAAACUAUGGUCUUGGCAGGAUCAACAGUUGGUGGUGGUUCAGCAAUUAACUGGUCAGCCUGCAUCAAAACACCAAAGGUUGUGCUGCAGGAAUGGAGUGAUAAACACAAUCUCCCACUUUUUACAAGCUCAGAGUACGAAGCUGCUAUGAAUACAGUGUGGAAAAGAAUUGGGGUUACGGAGAGAUGUGUGGAAGAGGGUUUCCAGAAUCAAAUUCUUCGUAAAGGGUGUGAAAGACUAGGUUUUGAAGUUGAAGCAGUUGCAAGAAAUUCCUCAGAGAAUCAUUAUUGUGGUUCUUGCUGUUAUGGUUGCAUAUCAGGAGAUAAGAAAGGGACUGACACUACUUGGCUGGUUGAUGCAGUAGAUGCUGGUGCAGUAAUCAUAUCAGGAUGCAAAGCUGAGAAGUUUGUGAUAGAAAAGAAUUCAAGGAAUUCGAAUUAUGAAAGAACAAGAAAAAAGAAAUGCCUUGGUGUGAUUGCCAGUUUCAAUCUGAAGGAGAAUAAUAACAUUAAUAAGAAGAGCAUCCUUCAUAUUAAGGCAAGAGUAACCAUCUCAGCAUGUGGAGCUCUCUUGACGCCACCUCUUAUGAUCUCUAGUGGAUUAAGAAAUCAAAACAUUGGCCUGAACCUUCAUCUGCACCCAGUAGUGAUGGCUUGGGGGUAUUUUCCAGAAGAAACUAGUUUGGAGUUCAAAGGAAAACAUUACCAAGGCGGCAUUAUUACAUCUGUUCAUAAGGUUGUUGAUUCAAAGUCUAAUGAUGUCAGAGCCGUAAUUGAAGCUGCUGCAUUAUUACCAGGAUCAUUUGCUGGAUUAUGUCCUUGGAAGUCUGGACUAGACUACAAGACAAGAAUGUUGAAGUAUGCUAGAACAGCUCAUUUGUUUGCGAUGGUUAGGGAUAGAGGAUCAGGGAAAGUAAAGGCGGAAGGGAGGAUAUCUUAUACUAUGAACAAGGAGGACACUGAAAAUCUUAAAGCAGGUCUAAAGGAAGCAUUGAAGAUUUUGAUUGCAGCAGGAGCUGUUGAGGUGGGAACACAUCAGAGUGAUGGACAGAGAUUUAAAUGUGAAGGGACAAGUGCGGCUGAGCUGGAAGAAUUUCUAGACAGAAUUUCUGCAGCUCAAGGGCCUAAAUCGAUGGUAAAAAAUUGGACAACCUAUUCAACAGCCCAUCAAAUGGGAAGUUGUAGAAUGGGGAAAGAUUACACUCAAGGCGCCGUUGAUGAUAAUGGGGAGAGUUGGGAAGCGCAAGGCCUUUUUGUUUGUGAUGCCAGUGUUCUACCUACUGCUGUUGGCGUCAAUCCAAUGAUUACUAUCCAAGCAACUGCUUACUGCCUCUCAAACAAAAUCGCGGAGAUUUUGAAGAUAAAGGCAUCCCAAAAUUGAAUCAAUUUUUCAAUCCUUCUUUCGAUCAUGUACACAGAUUUAGAGACAUUUGUUUACAUUGAAGUUCAAGUUUUUCAGAUUAAGGAAGGCUAUAUGUUACUUCUUUAACUCUUUUCGAUUGCAACUUGGUGUGUA